AUGGGCGGUGCUUUCGGAGGCUUAGGCAGGCAAAAGCUCAGCAAAACGCCCCGAGAGGCAGCAAGGUGGAAUAUUUGGUUGACUGUAAUCUGGGCCUCCUAUUGCGGUGGCCUUCACGGCUUCAACACUUCCAACAUCUCCGGAGUGAUGUCUAUGAGCUCAUUUAAGCGGGAUUUCGGUUUCGAUCAACUCUCUUCCGAAGCCAUUGCGGAUCGCCAAGGCUGGGCGGUCUCUUCCAUGCUUCUUGGCCAACUUGUUGGAGUCAUACUUUCAGGCCCGCUAGGUGAGACACGCGGAAGGAAACCGGUUAUCCUGGCAGCCGCAACUUGCUAUACCGUCGGAGCAAUCCUUAUGGCAGCGAACUUGGGAUCGUACGCUGAGCUUUUGGCUGGGCGUGUUCUUUCUGGAUUAGGUUCCGGCUUUGGCAUGACCGUCGGCACCAUCUACAUCUCUGAGGUCGCUCCCAGUGCUCUACGAGGCUGCAUGGCCACACUAUACAAUGCGAACAUCAUGUUGGGAGUCACAGCAAGCUACUGGAUCAACUAUGGCUCGAUCUUACACCUCCCUUCAUCUGGAAGUUGGCAGUGGCGUGCCGCUAUGGUGCUCCAAUUGAUUCCUUCAAUUGCGCUGUUCGUCGGUUAUUCAUCCUGUCCAGAAUCGCCGCGAUACUUGAUCAUGAAAGGACGCACCGAGCGAGCCAAAAGCGUCUUGAGCAAAUUAAGAAAUCUAUCUCACGAUCAUCCCUAUUUUGUGGAAGAAUUUACCGAGCUUACUGGAAAGGUUUCCACAAAUGGUGGGCAGAAGUCAAGUCUCGGUGCACUGAAGGAAUUAGCAUACUUCUGUGCACGGGAUCCAUCGACACGGAGAAGAGUAGUCUUUUGCCUACUAGUUCAAACAUUCUUUAUCAUGUGCGGUGGUAACUCGAUUACAUACUACGCACCCAACAUUUUGGAGUCAAUCGGUCUCAAGUCUACCCAAAUGCUCCUAUUCACGGCCAUAUAUGGAUGUAUUAAAGUACUUUCUGUCCUUUUGUAUGCUUUUAUUCUCACUGACCGAUACGGACGGAGACCGCUCCUACUUCUCGGCUCCGCGAUAAACAUGCUUUGCACGUUGUAUCUGGCCGUAUUUCUUGGUGUCGCCAAUAUCUCUUCAGAUGCACCCACAAGCCCAGCAGCUUGGGUCGCUAUCGUUGCAAUAUGUAUAUUCGCCAUCGGCUACGGAUUCGGUUGGGCUCCAGCGUUUUCUCUUGCCGCUUCUGAGAUUUGCCCCACACGUACACGAGGUCCAAUCGUCACAAUCUCGUUUGCUUACCAGAAUCUCUUAAACUUCGGCAUAACCAGAGGCUUUCCUAACAUGGUAGAGGCCAUGCAUCCUUGGGGGCCGUUUGCUCUGUUUACUGCUUUUACUGCCGUUGCGACAGUAUGGGUGUUUCUGUCAUUUCCAGAAUGCAAGGGGCGCAGUAUGGAGAGCAAGGACGCUUUGUUCAACUUGCCUUGGUAUAAAGUUGGAAAAUCGUUCGAUGAGGAAAACCCAAGUAUUUCUGAGAAGUUUGGCGUGAACAACCAGACAGAGAGAUAA